UGGACGAUGAUGGUGAUGAUGAAGGUGAUGACAGUGAACGAUGAUGAUGAUGACGGUGGACAAUGAUGGUGGUGUUGGUGGAGGUGAUGCGUAACAGAGCCUUCUUCUCAUAAACCCUCGGGGCCAACAGUCAAGACAGCUGCCACAUAAAGAGCCGGCGGCCUGCCCCGCGGCGUUCGCCUCUCGUGUCAAGACGCCAGCAUGAGUCUGGGAGCGGAGCCCCUCAGCUGCCCGGCGCACGCCACCGUGUGCUCCGGCGCCGACUGCGUCUACCCCGCCAGCAACUUCAACGCCGUCCUGAGUGUGGUGCUGAGCACGGUGCUCACCGUCAUGCUGGCCAUGGUCAUGUUCUCCAUGGGCUGCACCGUGGACGCCCACAAGCUGUGGGGCCACAUCAGGAGGCCCUGGGGCAUCUUCAUCGGAUUCCUCUGCCAGUUCGGCAUCAUGCCCUUCACGGCCUUCGCCCUGGCGCUGGCCUUCAACGUGCUGCCGGUGCAGGCCAUCGUCAUCGUCAUCAUGGGCUGCUGUCCCGGAGGCUCGGGCUCCAACAUCAUCUGCUACUGGCUGGACGGAGACAUGGACCUCAGCAUCAGCAUGACGGCGUGCUCCUCCAUCCUGGCCAUGGGCAUGAUGCCGCUCUGCCUGCUCAUCUACACCGCCACCUGGACCUCAGCCGGCACCAUCCAGAUCCCCUACGACAGCAUCGGCAUCACUCUGGCCGCCCUCCUCAUCCCCAUCGGCUUCGGCAUGUACGUCAAGCGUCGGUGGCCGGAGAAAGCCAAGAAGAUCCUGAAGAUCGGCUCCUUCGCCGGCUUCGCCCUCAUCAUCAUCAUCGCGGUGGUGGGCGGAGUUCUCUACCAGUCGUCCUGGACCAUCGCGCCGUCCCUCUGGAUCAUCGGAACCAUCUACCCCUUCAUCGGCUUCGGCCUGGGCUUCCUCAUGGCCCGCUUCGUCGGCCAGCCCUGGCACAGGUGCCGCACCAUCGCCCUGGAGACGGGCUUCCAGAACUCCCAGCUGUGCAGCACCAUCGUGCAGCUGUCCUUCAGCCCCGAGGAGCUGGAGGUGAUGUUCGCCUUCCCCCUCAUCUACAGCAUCUUCCAGCUGGUGGUGGCCGUGCUCUUCGUCGGAGGCUACCGGCUGUACCGGCGGAAGUGUGGCGGCGGGCCGGGCCAGCGCCUCUCGCUGGAGGACGGAGAGGCCCAGAAGGAGAAACACCUGCAGGCGGGAAACACGGCCUUGGAUUCAGGAGACGUGUUCAAGAAAACCCAGCUGUGAGCCGCGCAGGCGUGGACUGUGACGAGCGAAGGCGCCUCCUGCGGGCCGAGAGUGAGAGGUGCAGGCCCCGCGCGCCUCUGCCUUGCUGUUUUGAGUUUAUUUAAAUGCCAUAUUGUUGUUGUUUUCAUACAAACUCCUGUUUGUGAUUCGUGCACUUUUGCUGUGACUUUAUUUAAAUCCAAGACAUUGGCCGUGUUUUUGAAUUAGUUUCCAGAAAAUAAAGGUGGGAGCGCCUCUUUAGAA